UAAUAUCCAUGAAGAUCCUAUUACCUAGGAAGAAUUUGACAUUUUGCUGCGAACGCUGUGUCAGGAUUGAUUUAUUCUUGGAGUGUUCUGCAUGGCUGGCAAAGAAUAAUGUUCCGAAAUCGGUCCAUCUCCCAAGGGGUCCAAUUUUUCUUCCUGGGUGUCAGCGAGCCCUGACUCACUACAGUACAGCUGACAGGGGCUGCCAUGCUUGUGGCACACUAAGCAAAAAACAAAAGACCUAAGGACGACCUUUGAACAACACAAAGGAUGGGUUUCAAUGUAAUUAGGCUACUGAGCGGAUCAGCUGUAGCUCUGGUAAUAGCCCCUACUGUAUUACUGACAAUGCUUGCUUCUGCUGAACGAGGAUGCCCUAAGGGCUGUAGGUGUGAAGGCAAAAUGGUAUAUUGUGAAUCUCAGAAAUUGCAGGAGAUUCCCUCAAGUAUAUCUGCUGGUUGUUUAGGUUUGUCCCUUCGAUAUAACAGCCUCCAAAAACUAAAAUACAAUCAAUUUAAAGGUCUUAAUCAACUCACCUGGCUCUAUUUAGACCAUAACCACAUCAGCAAUAUUGACGAAAAUGCUUUCAGUGGAAUACGCAGACUAAAAGAGUUGAUCUUGAGUUCCAACAGAAUCUCCUAUUUUCUUAAUAAUACCUUCAGACCUGUGACAAAUCUCCGGAAUUUGGAUCUGUCAUACAAUCAGCUGCAGUCUCUGGGAUCUGAACAGUUCAGGGGCUUAAGGAAGCUGCUGAGUUUACAUUUGCGGUCCAAUUCCCUAAGAACCAUCCCUGUCCGAAUAUUUCAAGAUUGUAGGAACCUUGAACUGUUGGACCUGGGUUAUAAUCGCAUCCGAAGUUUAGCAAGGAAUGUCUUUGCAGGCAUGAUCAGACUGAAAGAGCUUCAUCUGGAGCACAAUCAAUUUUCUAAGCUCAACCUGGCACUUUUUCCAAGGCUAGUCAGCCUCCAAAACCUUUAUUUACAGUGGAAUAAAAUCAGUGUGAUAGGACAGACUAUGUCCUGGACCUGGAGCUCAUUACAAAGACUUGAUUUAUCUGGCAAUGAAAUAGAAGCUUUCAGUGGACCUAGUGUUUUUCAGUGCGUGCCCAAUUUACAGCGCCUCAACCUGGAUUCAAACAAGCUCACAUUUAUUGGUCAGGAAAUUUUGGAUUCUUGGAUAUCCCUCAAUGACAUCAGCCUUGCCGGGAAUAUAUGGGAAUGCAGCAGAAACAUUUGCUCUCUGGUAAACUGGCUUAAAAGUUUUAAAGGGCUGAGGGAAAAUACAAUUAUCUGUGCAAGCCCCAAAGAGCUGCAAGGGGUGAACGUUAUUGACGCAGUGAAAAACUACAGCAUCUGUGGCAAAAGUACCACGGAGAGGUUUGAAUUGGCACGAGCUCUCCCAAAGCCAACGUUUAAACCAAAACUCUCCAGGCCUAAACACGACAGCAAGGCCCCUCUGCCCCCAACUGUCGGAGCCGCUGAGCCGAGCUCUGAGCCCGAGCACGACACGGAGCACAUCUCCUUCCACAAAAUCAUAGCAGGCAGCGUGGCCCUUUUCUUGUCUGUGCUUGUGAUCCUGCUGGUGAUCUACGUGUCGUGGAAGCGUUACCCAGCCAGCAUGAAGCAGCUGCAGCAGCGCUCGCUCAUGCGGAGGCACAGGAAAAAGAAGAGACAGUCGCUGAAGCAGAUGACUCCAAGCACACAGGAAUUUUACGUAGAUUACAAACCCACCAACACUGAAACCAGCGAGAUGCUGCUGAAUGGAACGGGACCCUGCACAUAUAACAAAUCAGGCUCCAGGGAAUGCGAGGUAUGAACCAUUGUGAUAAAAGAGCUUUUAAAAGCUGGGAAAUAGUGGUGCUUUAUUGAACUCUAGGGACUAUAAAGGGAACGUUUUUCUCACUUUUCUGGCACAGCUCUUCCAUGUCUCUUUUUUGUACAUUCAUAAUACUGGUCAUUUUACUCCCAUACAUAAUCAACUCAUUGAAAUUUAAAUACCACAAUCAAUGUGAAGCCUGAGUUCUGGUUUAAUACAAUACCUAUUGUACAAACCCUCUACUGAUGUCAUUAAAGUCUCUCUUGGUUUUAAAU